UAUCAUGCAGUGUAGACUGUUUGGUUUGGUUUUCCUGUACUUACUAAAUUAUACUAGAGCUAGGGUACAUCCGCAUAACGUUUGUACGCACGGCGAUGUGAUGGUAAAGUGUAUGCCAGUUUGUCCCAAGAUCUGCUCGGAGUUUUUAUACAGGCAAAGGUGCAUACCCAAGAAAUGCGAGCGAGGGUGCGCCUGUCCCAAGGAUUGGUUGCGACUAAAGAGCAACCAAGGAAGAUGUAUAAUGCGCAAAUACUGCACACGAUACAUAAUAGAGUGAAGGAGUUCCAAAAACUUAACAUUUAAAUUGUGAAAAUGGGAGCAGAAGAAAAUGUGACGACAAUAACAACGAUUUGCAUUCCUA